CCUCGCUCAAAGUACGGAGCGUGAACCAAUAUGGCAAUUUUAAACCCUAAAUUCCCAAUCCUCUUUAUCACCCGUACUCACUCUCUCGCCGGCCACCGAGCAGAAACAUCGCCGCCGUCGGAGGUUUAACCAUUCGGCGUCUCGGAUCCUCCCCGGCGUCUUCACUCUCCUCCUCCAAUCCUUCUGGGUUGCGCAUCGAACCGGAACUUCGAUUUCUCCCCAUAACUUGAAGAGCUGAAAAGUUGCAAACAAAUUCAACCAUGAAGGUCUUCCAAAUCGACGGAAACAACACUCUUUCUCUCGCCCUCUUCGCCGAAGUCGCCAAUUCCAAGGAGCUUCUUGAUUCUAUGCAAGCUGGGAAUCUGGAGCUGGAAGUUUCGUUUAUGAAUGCAUCACUUAUCCCCGAUGUUUUCCCUGUUCUCGCUGCAGCACACAAGGCGCUUGUGUCAAAGUCUCGGGAUUCAUUGACAACCCGAACGCUUCAUUCUGAGCUUGUCUACAAUAUCUCAGGAUCCAAGCAUAUUACAGAGUCCUUGAAACGAUGUGGUAUCUCAGACAGCUGCACGUAUGUCCUCGCAGCUCGCUUCAAUGCCUCGCCGGAAGAUAUGAAAGUGGUAGAAAAUCUUAUCAACGGCAAAGAGGUCGACUUGGAGGAGCUGGAGAGCAGAGCAAACCAAGCUCAAAUCCUCAAGCAUUACAAAAUCUCUGCGAUGGAGCUAGGGAUUUCCUCACUUGCUGAUGCCAUUACAUGCCGAAUAGCUUCCCGGGAUGCCUUGUGAGGAAAGAUAAGGGCGUAUUGUGCUUGAAGUAGUCGAAGGCCACUGUGUGCAUCCAUAAACCAGCUAUCUUUUUAUCUUAGCUCUGUAGAGUAAAAGAAUGUGAGUUAUUAUAUGCUUGGGGAUGAAGAAAUGUUGGCGAACUAGGCGGCCGAUUUUUCCCCGCGUCUUUUAUUUGUCCGUUAUUAUCGUUACAUUGAGAUAUAUUGUAUACCGAGCCAUCCAAACACGGUGUUGACACGUGGAUGGGACAGCGGCAACCGCUUGCUUCAGUAUGAAGCAAGAGGCGGGGACGUCGUUUUGACGCUGCUAGAACCGGGAACAGCCGGUGAUUCUCCCUAUUGCCGCCGCUCCUUUUUUCUUUUUGCUCCCCGUUCUUUUUUCAAAUUACACUCUGUAGGUUCUUUUGGAAUGUCUAUCAGAUGAGUGACAAGAUGCCUCACUAUGAUCAUAUUGUCUUUUUGACUGAUUUUUCCAGACAUUUUGUUAUGAUUUAAUAAUAAUACAUACGUUUGGGCAUUUUCUAAUCAGAGGAGUUAACAACAACAUUUUGAAUUUGACCUUUGGCAGGUACAGUUGCAUUUCUUAGAAGUAUAUCGCUUGAAGCUGUUGGACUUGGAGUGCAUUUGGCUGCAGGAGCCCAUGAUAUCUUACUCCAAGCCGAGUACAUCCUCACUGCUGUUCCUUCUCGUCAGGUAUCGUCAUCGUCUUCCACCGCACAGGGUAAAAAGAAGUCGAAUGUACGAAGCAAUCAGCCAAAAGAUGCCCAGGAAGGAAUGCAACAGGCAUAUUCGAACCUAAGUGAUGGCCUGGGGAAAUCGGCUUCUGCAUUAGUUCGGACACCGUUGAAAAAAUACCAAUACGGGGCCAGUGCUGGGUCUGCCUUGGCCACUGCAGCACGGGGAAUUCCUGCUGCUGGUAUAGCUCCGGUCUCUGCUUGUGCAAGUGCUGCGCAUUCUGCUCUUCUCGGCCUUAGAAAUAGCCUCGACCCUGAGCACAAGAAAGAAUCGAUGGAGAAAUAUCUAGGACCAACUCAGACACACAACAGAGAUUGAAGGCCAAAUGAUAAGUCACCACGAUGUGCCUGCCCUCGUCUCCUCCUGGGAAUAUAAUCGAUGGUGGGAUCUCGGCUGACACCCUGAGAGAAAAAAUCAAAAGUGAAUUGGAACGCAGAGAUCUCUCAAAAUCAUAAGUUUCGUAUUAACAUCCGAGCUUUCCUGAAGAAGCCGCAAAUGGUUUCGUAGCUUGAGAAUAUCUGUCAGUUCUAGUUCCCGCACCCCGGUUUUUAGGUGUACAGAUGUAUAUAAAGUAUAAACCAUCUACCUGCGCAUCCUUUUGCGGCAAACAUAGCAACUCUUGUACAUUCGUUGUAGAUAAAUUCGUGCUUGUUGCACAGGAGGGUGUUCAUUUAUCCGGUUAACCAAUGAAUGUAAUUAUUUUGAAUGCUUGGCAGUCUGUUAUUC